GGGCGUAUUAGUUGUAAUUGUCGGUUCGAUUCCCUCUCCUUUCUCUCUCAUUCUUCACUUCCCCCUCUGCCUCCAUUUUUUUCCCUCCCAGAUCAAAUUUCCGAUCAUCUGUUUGCCUCCGUAACCAUCAUCAGAUUCUCUGAUCAGUUCAUCUUCUCUCUCGUUCAUUCCCCGCCCCCUUCCACCUCUCUUGAAUCCGAUCACGAUCACCUAAUUGACUCGAUUUGAUCAUCUCCCUCCAAAUUUUAUCCAGAUCUCUGUUCUUACAAGCUUCUACUCGAUUCACUACCCAGCUCGAGUUCAGCCUCUAAUCAGGGAACUUGAGAGCUACCCACUUCAUCUCGCAGCCAUUCCCGACCUGGGUUGCUGUUAGAUCUCGAGCACACCCGUCACAAAAUGAUCGAUCCGAGUGACAAAAUGGUGGACUAUGCCGACGACGGCAGCCGGAGAUCCUCACCGGGAGGAGAAGACAGCUCACAGAAGAAGACAUGCGCCGAUUGCGGAACAAGCAAGACCCCUCUCUGGAGAGGCGGCCCUGCAGGUCCCAAGUCUCUUUGUAACGCUUGUGGGAUCAGGAGCAGGAAGAAGAGAAGGGACAUACUAGGGUUAAACAAAUCGUCAUCCAACGAGAAGAAAUCAGCCGCGAAGAAGACCCUAGCCCAUGGCGGCGGCGCCGCCGGAGGGCAUCACGACCGCAACAGCAGCAGCAAGUUGGUGGGAAACGGGUUGAAGUCGAGAUUCGUGGCUUUAGGAAGGGAAGUGAUAAUGAAGCAGCAGCAGAGAUCGAAGGUGGAGAAGCAGAGGAGGAAGCUUGGGGAGGUAGAGCAAGCGGCGGUUCUGUUGAUGGCGUUGUCUUAUGGCUCUGUUUAUGCCUAAUCAUUGUUGGGUUUUUUUUUGUCUGUCUUAAUUAGGGGGUUUGGGUAAUUAAUAAGCAAUAGCCCAAAAAGGAUCAGGGAGAGGAAAUUUGUAUUAGCUGACCAAAUUUGAGAUUAGUAGAGGAGGUUUAGUGAGUUGGGUUUGGGUUUUAAUGUGUAAUCCAUAAGUUUUGAAGGGUGCUAACUUUAUUUGAUGAUUGUUGUUGUUAGGGUUUGGGUGGAUAGUAAAAAGGGAAGAAAUGUGGUGGGUGGGGUGGUGUUGAAUUGAAGAGGAGCAAAAAGAAAGAAAAAAUGUUGCAAUGAUUUUUAUAUAUUCAAUUCUAUUCUAUUCCAUUGAGAAAAUGGUGUUUUUAUAUAUAUUAGAAAUUUGUUGUUGUUGGUUUAA